GUCAACUGUCAAUGCAGCGAAAUCGUCAUGGCGUCAGACGCACGUUCGGAAAAGAAGCGCGAGUGAACAUGAAAUGCCUGAAGCACUGGAUUUAUAUACUAAACUGACGAAACUGAGACUGUUUUAAGCGUUUAUAUCGGGAUGGCGUUGUUGAAGCCAUUUAGUAAGCUGCCUGGUUUGAACACAGCGAACAUCUUGCUGGUGGAGAGUGAGGAGCAGUUUCAGCAGAGUUUAGCAGACGCUCUGGUGGAGGAGACCGCUGUCACUGUGAAUGUGAGGCUAGCUAAGAGUCUGCCUCUGCCCAUGAAAAAUGAGGAGAGUCGUCCAAGGAUAGACCUGGUGGUGUUUAUCAUCAACCUGACCUCAGAGCUCAGUUUCCAGUCAGCAGAAGCUUCCCUGAAACAUUUGGACCCUGGAUAUUUCCUUGGAAAAGUCUGCUUCAUGGUCACUAAUGCUCGCAACGCUUCGGUCCCCACAGAGCGCCUGGACGCUGUCAGGAAGCUGGCUGCAUCGCUCCACUGCCCCAUGCUGUUUGCAGAGGAUCAGACAACAGAUGGUGUGACCAAUGCUACAGAGAGGCUGCUGACCAUCCUGAAGGUGGCGGCCGGCCUUGUUCCCAUGGCUACUGCUCUCUACCUGUCCAACCUGACUCGCUGCACUGUGCCCCCAGACAUCGACCAGCCGAGCUUUGAUUAAUUUCUGUGGACGUUUCCUUUGAAUGGAUGUCUUCUCUUUUUCAUGUAUAUAUUUAUUUGUAGUAGUUGCAAACUGAUAACACAUUAGCAUGUUAUGUCCUCUGUUCAUUUUACAUUAUAUGUUUGUGCUUUGGCUUUUAGCUGCUGCAGUUUCUGUCUUCUACCUGCAGUAAUGGUGUGUUUUUCCCUAAAGUGCAGAUCAGCAGAACUGGUUACUGAGGGGUUCUUAACCAUUUGUGGAGUCCAAAUGACUGAUGAUUGAAAUAAUAUCUCUUGUGCUAGAAUUGAAGACCAUACAAAUAUAUUAUAUAAUUAUAAGUCAUGCAGGUGAGAAGACCUUUUGACAUGUUACAGCAGGAAAACAGGUGUAAUGUAAUGUCAUCUAAUGGACUGACUUAUAGCUACAAAUGUUCUUUUUUUGUGUAUAAUUCAUUGAUUAAAGACUGCAUGCUCGUGGCACACCCACACAGGUGAUUUUAAUUAUUUUGGCUGAUUAGUGCUUCUUCUCUGGACUGUGUGGGCGUGUAAAGUCUCCCUCACUCUCCUGUUAGCUUUAAUGCACCUGUGAGGGUGGGACAAAUUAUAACUUAAUCAUUCCUAUUUCCAUUGGAGUCUGGUGGCAUGACAUCGUUUCCAUCAUAGCUCCGCCCACCUUCAACCUAAACAGAUGUCUAAUCAGCCAGAUUGAGAACACCUGUAUGAGUGUGCCUGGCCUUUAAAUUAUACUGCUGUGAUAUCAACAAACAGUGGUCUCUGCUGGUCUUGUUGAUAAGAAUAUGAUGCUGCACAGCUUCAUUCAACGCCGCAGAAUAUUUCUGUAUUGCAUAGUGUAUAAAAUUAUAAUACAAUACAGUAUGCUCUCUGUGUAUAUACUGUGUAGUGUGACAUUUGAACCAUCUAUUGAUGCUUUUAACAGGAAAACUUAGUGUCAAUACAAGGAAAUAAAAGACGUCUGAUCAAUAAAAGCAGGACCAUUUAUCUGGGUUAUACUGAAACUUUGAAUUAAAGAAAAACAUAUUUAUGGA